GUUUCAAGAUAUUUUAUAAAUCCAAAUGAACCAUCAAACCAUGGCCACUGCUCUGCUCUUGAAAGCCUCUCUGUUCCACACCCUUUCUUUCACCUUAAAACCCUUCUCUCUCUAUCCCUUACCCCUCAAAUCCCACUCUUUCCACCUCAAAGCAGCCAUGGCGGAGGGAAGUGAAAUCAUAGAGAAAAAGGAAGCGGGUGUUGUCGGUGAAGAAAAGAAGAAAGUAUUUGUUGCUGGCGCCACUGGAAACACUGGGAAGAGGAUUGUGCAGCAGCUUCUGGCCAAGGGUUUUGCUGUCAAGGCUGGUGUUCGUGAUGUUGAUAAGGCCAAAACAAGCGUCUCCGAAGGAAACCCUGAUCUUCAAUUUGUGAAGGCAGAUGUAACUGAAGGUUCAACAAAGCUAGCUGAAGCUAUUGGUGGUGAUACAGAUGCUGUAAUAUGUGCGACUGGUUUUCGACGUUCUCUGAAUUUACUGACUCCUUGGAAGGUUGAUAAUCUUGGCACGGUGAACCUGGUUGAAGCAUGUCGCAAUCUUGGUGUUAAGAGAUUUGUGCAUGUUAGUUCUAUUUUAGUCAAUGGAGCUGCUAUGGGACAGUUGCUUAACCCGGCUUACAUAUUUCUCAAUGUGUUUGGACUUGUAUUAGUAGCAAAGCUUCAAGCAGAGAAGCACAUCAGGAAAUCCGGGAUCAACUACACAAUUGUAAGGCCGGGUGGAUUAAAAAAUGAUCCUCCAAAUGGAAAUAUAGUCAUGGAGCCAGAGGAUACUUUGUACGACGGUUCCAUAUCUAGAGAUCAAGUUGCUGAAGUUGCUGUCGAGGCAUUGAUUCAUCCUGAAGCUGAUUACAAAGUAGUGGAGAUUGUUGCUCGUGCUGAUGCUCCGAAAAAAACAUUUCCGGAACUAUUUGGUUCUGUAAAGCAACGGUGAUCUGAGUUGCUUGAAUGCAGAAUGGGUGUGGUACUUCGGAGGACAUUUAUUACCUAGGAUUAUCACCUAUUUACAUGCCUAAAUGCGCCGAGGCGAUUUUGCUACAUAUGCAUAAUCUGAUGCUACUUGAAACAGAUACAAUUAAAGAUGCUGUGCGAGAGCCUUACUGUUA